GUUCAACGUGUGAAUCUAAACGUCUUCUGGAUUCUUAUUAGUCCCAUAGUGCAUUACACGGUGUAAAAAUACCACUUACUACAUGUAGUGCCCUCAAUAAAGGGAGAAAGGAGGCGUUUGGGAUUGAGCCAGCUCCAGCAGCUGACUGAAGGAAUGAAAGUCAGCAACAGUGUAAUGCGGAAAAGCGAUUAACUGCAUCGGUGUAAAUGGCAUCCUGGGAUGUUUAGGAGAGUGCUGGUAAACAGUGCCGCAGUUUGGAAAUCACCGGACAUUCCUACGAUCUGGCAGAACAAGACAAACAUGUCCCGGCAGUUGCAUGCACGAAGGCUUGAGAACGUGGACAAGAAUGUGUGGGUGGAAUUUACAAAGCUAGCUGCUGAGUAUAAUGUAGUGAACUUGGGUCAGGGAUUCCCCGACUUCUCUCCUCCCAGCUUCCUCUUGGAGUCUCUCUGCAAUGCCAUCAAAGGAGGAUUCUCCAUGCACCAGUACACGCGCGCCUUUGGCCAUCCGCGUCUUGUCAAGGCCCUUGCCAAAUUCUUUGGGAGAAUCUUGGCCCGUGAAAUCGACCCCAUGCAGGAGAUACUGGUUUCUGUGGGAGCCUAUGGGACACUUUUCUGUGCCUUUCAGGCUCUGAUUGAUGAGGGUGAUGAAGUGAUCAUUGUGGAGCCUUUCUUUGACUGCUAUGAACCCAUGACAUUAAUGGCAGGAGGGAAACCCGUCUACAUCUCACUGAAGCCUCAAAAGGUCACUGGUCCAACUGUGUCUAGUGCUGACUGGGUGUUAUGUCCUGAAGAGCUAGCCAGUAAAUUUACCUCUCGAACGAAGGCUAUCAUCAUUAACAAUCCCAGUAAUCCAUUAGGCAAGGUCUUUCAGAGGGAAGAGUUGCAGAUGAUAGCUGACCUGUGUAUAAAGCAUGAUGUUAUUUGUAUCAGUGAUGAGGUAUAUGAGUGGCUUACAUAUGAUGGAGCACAACAUAUCAAAAUAGCAAGUCUUCCGGGCAUGUGGGAGCGUACCAUCACUUUUGGCAGUGCAGGCAAGAGCUUCAGUGCUACAGGAUGGAAGGUGGGCUGGGCAAUAGGGCCAGGACGCCUACUGAAACACCUGCACACCUUCCAUCAGAACUCCUUAUAUCACUGUCCCACUCUUAAUCAGGAGGCUGUUGCUGUGGCUUUUGAGAGGGAAUAUGAAUUGUUUGGCACAGAGGAAAGCUACUUCAAACAGCUACCCACACAGCUCCAGGCCAAACGGCUCAGGUUAGCCGAGUGCCUGAAGAGCAUAGGGUUACAACCUUUCCUGCCCGAGGGUGGCUACUUCAUGAUCACGGACAUCUCCUGCCUGAAGGUUGACCUGAGUGACACGCCAAGCUCCACGGAUGAACCCUACGACUACAGAUUUGUCAAGUGGCUUAUUAAAGAGAAGCGUUUGGGUACUAUCCCUGUAUCUGCAUUUUACAGCCAAGAAAGCAGAGCAGAUUUUCAGAACUACAUUAGAUUGUGCUUUGUCAAGGAUGACUCCACCCUCAAAGCAGCUGAAGAUAUUCUGAGACAGUGGAAAAAACAAAAAUAGAUGGAAUCAUAUGAUUCUGUCCAAAAUGAGCUUUGCAAAUUAAAUUGCUCACAUAUACCAGUAUAGACUAAUGUUGAUUUAUGACUCUGAAUCAAUUAAAGGUAAAUGUUUGCCUGUUUUUUCCUUCUCCUCUGUCUGUAGAUAUAUUAUAAUCGUUUGUGUGUCAAUCAGUCAGUCAUCUUUGUCAAAACCCAGCAAAUCUGGUUAAAAGUAAACCUCAGGGCAUGUGCUUGCACAAGUCACUUACCAGUUGUAGCUGGUGUUACAAUCAUACAGUUUAAUUCUUAUUAAAAACUUCAUUUAAUGAU